AUGUGCAUUUCAUACAAUUUGCCUGAGCCUGCAGUGGAGCCUGAACCGGCAGCUACAGAACAUGACAGUGCCACAGUUACAGUGACUGAGGACGAACCCAGCGAGGAGGGUGAACCCAUCAGUCGAAAUGACUCCUUCAUAUCACAGGCAAUGCGCGUACGUGAGAGAAUUGUCAACAGGAAUGAGCCUCGAGACGGAUCCCGCCAUGCUGCUACCGCCGGCGACCCCGUCGCGGACCACGUGGCAGCGAGGGGCCCCCUGUCCACGCCAGCGAAACGUCCAAGGCGAGUCUUUCCUGACUACGUUUCACUCCGUUCCAGAUCCCGCAGCAUCAGCGCUACCAGCCGCUUGCAAGAAGACGACAACGACGACGACGGAUUCGUCACAGUCGUCCACAAGAAGACAAGGAAGGCCGGCAUCCCAGUGGUCCUAACGCCCGUGGACCCAAAGGUAAGUCUCCUGAACAUUGACCCAAAUCUUAUUGCUGCCCAGGAGCUCAAAUCCACCCAAGAACGAGUGAGGAAUCAUCAUUUCUCGCGGAACGGCAGCCUGACUGUGACGGUCGCCUCCCUGCAAGCUGCCAAGGCCCUCCUCGGUGUCACGAGCCUGGGAAACACCGCCGUCACCACCCGGAUCCCAAAAUCCUACGCCAGGAACGUGGGAAAGAUCGUCGGCGUGAACCCCAGCUACACGAACGCCCAGCUGCUGGAAUACCUACUACCCUUCGGAGCUAUCGACGCCCGCCGCCAGGUACGCUACCGCCCGAACCCUGACGGCUCAACCAGGACCCAGGAAACGAGCAGCGUCGCCGUCACCUUCAAGAGUGACGUCGCCAUGCCCGAGGAAGUGCCGUUGGGGUUCAACAAGUACAAGGUAGGUGAGUACUUCUCACCCUCAUCGUUGCCAGGGCUUUGGCCACGUUGCCAAGUACUGCCGUCGGUCGGAGCGCUCCGGGCCUGCGCUGGGAGCCACGCCUUCAAGGACUGCACGGCGCGGAAGGAGCAACGGUGCGCCAACUGCUGGGGUCCACAUCCAGCCAGCUUCGGAGGCCGCCCCAAGAGGAAGGCCGCCAUCGCAGCUGUGAAGACCGAAGCCUGCGAGGUCCGCCCGUCCCGGAGCGGCCGCAUCAACCCAGCCGUCGUCAAGCCAACGCGCCCAGCUCCCGUACGCAGCGCCGAGGCCUUCCCAGCACUGCCGAAGCCAGCGGCCCCUGCCAAGAAGCCCACCGCAGCCAAACCGGCCUCAGGUCGCCGCCGACAGAGCCCCGCAGACUACGCCGGCCCCUCCCAAGCCUGCUGCACAGGAAGCUGCUGCAAAGCCGGAACCUGCACCUCCCCAGGGCACCCAGCUGGUGAUGAUGUUGGUCCCUCUGCUCAUCACAGCCUUCUGUGCCAUGCUGGCUGCGGUCCCAGCUGCCAGCAACAUCCCAGAAGUCCAAGCCUUCAAGGUAAUGGAACCAAUGCUUGCCAGUCUGCUUUCUACUUUCAGUUAUGGACAGUAAGCCCCGCCGAAGUCACCAACUCACUGCAUCUGCCUUCCCACGCGUCCUGCAAUGGAACUGCGCUGGACUGCGCCCCAAGCUGGCGGAGCUGAAGCAACGACUCACCAAGGCCACCUACAGCGUCAUCUGCCUCCAAGAAUGCAACAUCCCGGACACGAUGGGUCUACCAGGCUUCAUUAUGUACACCUCUCCCAGCCUUCCACACUCUCCUCACAGCUGUACGGCAGUCUCCGUCUCAAGCCACCUGGCCCAAACACAGCUGCCCACAGACCAACUGUCGUUGACCGUGGCCGAAGUGACAGCUGUAAAGGUAAAUUUCGGAAAGGACGAACUCACUGUCGCCUCUGUUUACAUCCGACCCAGCUCAUCGGACACGGGGGACGAGCUUCCUGUCGACUUCCUGCUGCAAGUGCACUCCUCCCUGCCAGGCCAUCUGCUUCUCUGUGGAGACCUCAACGCGUACCAUCCGCUUUGGGGUUCCUGCAAGGCUGACCGCCGUGGCAGACGCCUAGUGCAGUCCCUGGAGGAUUGCGGUCUGCUCGUCGCAAACACAGGUGAGGUAACCUUUUACAGGCCACCAGUAUCCAGCGCUAUCGACGUCACCCCGCACACCCCGGACGUUCCUGCGCACUGGGACGUCGGAAUGGACAGCUGGGGCAGCGACCACUUCCCGAUCGACGUGACCCUGGCCUACAAGCACCGGGCCCCGAAGCGCCGGACCACCAUCAUCGUGUGGGACUCCUUCCGAGCCUGCCUGGACGGAGCUCCAGCCUCCCAGGACACCUGCGAAGACAUCAGGACAGCCCUGGCCACCGCAACCAACUCGGGGACGGCGCCAGCAACCGGCCCGAAACCUGACCUAAAGUACUUCAGGCUGUGUGCUGCGAGGCGCCGCGCACAGAGGUCUCUGCGUCGGAACCACUCCCCCCGGUGUCUGACGGCAUACCGACGAGUUUCCGCCGCCCUGCGCAGAUAUGCGGUCACGCUGCAGCGCUCCCAAUAGAAGCAGUUCUCAGCCUCCCUGACCAGCGGCACAUCGGCCCGGAAACUCUGGUGUGUCGCCAACGCCCUGGGGGGGGGGCGAACCCCUUCAGCUCCAUGGCUCUAGCCAAAGGGGUCUCCGUGGAGGAGCUGGCGGAGGAUUUCGCCGACCUGUUCGGCGCAGGGAGGGACGUCCCUUCCAGCGCGGCGCCUCCAGCAUCCCCCACGGACCUGGACCACCCCUUCAUGGCCGGAGAACUGCGCUUCGCCCUGGACCACCUGAAAGCCCAGCCGAUGGGAUGGACGGAUGGGAUGGGGCCGAUGGGAUGGACGGACUCACCUACCAGUGCCUGCGGAAUCUACCGGACAAGACAACUACACGACUCCUGGAUACCAUCAACCAGUGCUGGGACCAGGGCAUGCCACCACCAUCCUGGAAAGAGAGCGUUAUCGUGCCGAUAUUGAAGCAAGGGAAGCCCCCGGGCAAACUGAGCUCCUAUCGGGCGAUAUCACUCACAUCAUGUUUGGCUAGGUUGACAGAGCGGUUGCUACACCGCCGCAUUACAUGGCUACUUAAUUCC